AAAAAAUAGAAUUUUAUUUUAUUACACUUUUGAAUAAUGUUGAAUCCGCUUGCACAUGACUUUAAACCUGUAGUUCUUGCAGCACCACCCGAGCAAACUACUGUAAAUAAACCAAAGAAAAAACCAGCAGCCAAGAAAGCGGCGCCAAAAAAAGCAGAACAAAAGCGGGAGACACCCAAGAAAGUAGAGGGACCCAAAAAAGCCGAGGCUCCCAAAAAGAUAGAGGCCAAGACAGAGGCCAAAAAGAAAAAAGGCACUAAACAACCCACUGGAGCAAGCCAUGGCAAGAGAAGGGAUUCGCAGGCGAAUCCAACACAAGAAACUUCUUUGGCUGUGGAAUGGGUAGAAUCGGCCUUUAUUGCGAUUGAAGCAGCUAUAGAUCCUAUACGCCUUAUAGACAAGUCGAGUAAAAAAUUAUUCGAGCAUGGAUACGAACGAUACAUUGAUUGGAUUAAUCGAUCUUUAAAUAGCUUUGAUACGGUGACGCUAGUUGGGAUGGAGAAUGCGAUUGUUGAUAUCGUUUCACUGGUGACUAUUAUGCAGGACCGAAAGAUAGCAGUGCACGAUGAUGUGGAGACGUUUACAAUGAAUGCAGGAAAAGGCAAAUUGACAAGCUGCAUCCAAGUUAAAUUGCACUCAUAUUUUUAGUUCCCCUCCCCAUUUACCAAUUUUGGGCUUUUUUUAAUCAAAAAGGGUCUUGAAUAGGAGGAUGACCUACCCCUCUUUUCUUACCUCCUAA